AUGAAGUUUGGACGCAAUUUACCCAGAAACGUGGUGCCGGAAUGGAGCGCCUCCUACAUUCGGUACAAGGCUUUGAAGAAACUUAUCAAAUCCCUGGCGGACCGUGUGAAGACAGGACGCGAGGCUGAUCUUGCCGCCUUCUUCUACUCCCUCGACCGGAACCUCGAGGACGUUGACCACUUUUACAACAAGAAGUAUGCCGAUUUCUCCCGUCGGCUGAAGCUCUUAUCAGACCGCUAUGCACAGAAUCUGGACGGAAGUCAUUUGGAUUCGGAUGACGUUGAGGAUCUUCUGGCGGCAUUGCUUGAGCUGCGUGGACAAUUUCGCAAGCUGCAAUGGUAUGGCGAAGUCAAUCGUCGUGGUUUCAAUAAGAUCACAAAGAAACUUGAUAAGAAGGUGGGGGCACAGGCACAGCAAAAGUACCUUGAGACAAAGGUAGAGCCCCUGCCGUUCGCCUCGAAUACAAAGGUCACCGAGGCAUUGAAGAGAAUCAAUGACUGGCUUUCGGCCCUUGGUGACCAGAAGACCUUCGAUGACGCCAGUUCUACGCACUCUUCUCUUUCUCUGAAGAGAGGGCCCUCUCGUCCGAAUCUGAAUCUGCCUGCGAACACUCUUCUUACCAUUGAUGAAGCUUUGCGAAAGGACGACACCCACGUCGUUCUGGAGCUAUUGGAAGACUUGAAGACGGUCGCGGACGGAGCGGGUGAGGACGUCUUCCCGAAGGUCCUUCGAAGCCUUCUCCAGCGUUCCAUCUACUAUCGCUCCAAAGCAUGCAUUGCUGCCGUCCUCGGCCGUACUGACUCACUCGAGGAAGAAGAUGAUAUCAACAAGCGUAACUGCAUCCAUCGCUUAGUGAUCGCGAUUGGUCGUGCUCAAACCACCACCGACUCGGAGCAGUCGGCCUCGAUGCUUUUAGACUUUCCUGUGGACACCUCGAACUAUAUCACUCCUGCUGCCCUUCCGACCCUGCAGCCUCCUCGUGCAUUGGCAAAGGAAUCAGAUCACUCACAACCUUUGACUCGAUCUGAUUCUGCGGUCUCGGUUCUGGAGUAUCUGUUAGAUCAUCUCCGCCCCAACCAACGCGAGUCUCUACUUUCCAAGGACAUGUCGGGCCGCACGCCAUUGCACUACGCUGCGCAAUACGGCUUCAAGGUUGUCUGUGAUAUCAUCAUCGAGCACCUGCAGGCCUGGGAUAUGUUCGAUGUUAGUGAGGGAAUUGAUGCCCCGCGCUGGCAGGACAACGAUGGCUGGGCGCCACUUCAUCUCAGCGUUGUUGGCGGUAAUCCUCUCACUACGCGGGCUCUUUUGAAGGCCGAGAACUGGAGAGGACAAAUACAGGACAAAGUGGAAAUCCGCAAGCACGUGUCCAAGUCAAGCGCAGUGCUUGCUCUGGCUGUCAAGGCCAAUUUUGUUGAUAUUGUUCAGCUACUAGUUGACGCAGGUGUCGAUAUCAACUACCAAGACCACCAUGGUGAAACCGCAUUGCAUGUUGCAGCUCGCUUCGACCAUGAAAAGUGCGCCCGUAUUCUGCUCAAGGGCACCGACGUUCAGAAAGCAGAUACCGAACUUGCUGAGACCACAUACUCAUGGACCCCUCUUUUUGUCGCUAGCGUUGAUGGCUCGCUAAAGGUCGUUGAGGCUCUGAUUGAAGCUGGCGCCAAUCUCGAACGAUUGGAUUCCUCUGGUUGGACUGCAAAAGAGCAUGCGGCCCUGCGUGGUCAUCUCGAGGUUGCCAGAUGCCUCGCGAAGGUAACACCUGAACCUGAGCUUACCGAAGAGCCCUCUUUGACAGUGCCGACUACAUCUGGCCCCAUUACCUCUGGUCCUUUGUCGUCGCAGCCCCAAUCAUCUCUCAUGGAGAAAAAAUCUAAUGGAGGGAGCGCUACAGGGAGUUCUCCCUCCCGGAAUCUUGAACCUGUUAAGUCAUUUGGACAUCGGUAUCUCACCGACGAGGCCAUGAUCCUGGUCAGCUUGGGUACUAUGGACAUCCGAAAACACGUGCAAGCUGUGAACCUUGACCGUAUACCCAUGGAGCAUGCCUACGCCACUCAGCUUGACACAGCUUUAUCUAUCGUUAUCUCUGCUAGCGGUGCGCAAGGCGAACCCGAAAUCAUCGAUCUUCCUGUUCAAGAAAACAUCUCGACGGAACCGAUCGUAUUCCAUGCAGGGGACCCGAGCAAGGUCAGGCUCCUGUUUGACCUUGUUCCUACUUAUUCAGGCUCGAAAGACCAAAUUGUGGGACGCGGUGUUGCGUUAUUAUCCAGUGUUAGGCCGAGUGUGGGAUCCAACCGAAUCAAUCUCCAAGGCGACUUGACUGUCCCCAUUGUCGCGGCCAAUACUUUGGAAGUGAUUGGCUCCAUCACCUUCAACUUCCUUGUGAUCACACCUUUCAAGCAUCCGAACAUAUCCAUCAAUAGGGAACAGACCUACUGGAGAAGUAUGACCUCAACUAUGGUCAUCGGACAUCGUGGCUUAGGCAAGAACUUCGCAACCCGGAACUCUUUGCAACUUGGGGAGAACACCAUACAGUCUUUUAUUGCAGCUGCGAACCUAGGCGCCUCAUACGUUGAGUUUGAUAUUCAGCUUACGAAGGACCACGUUCCGGUUAUCUACCAUGAUUUCCUCGUCAGCGAAACAGGUAUUGACGCUCCCGUGCAUACCCUCACCCUCGAGCAGUUCCUUCAACUCGGAGAGCGCGGUUCAUCUCGGACACCGGCGUCUCCUGGUCUGCCCGCCACUGGAGGGAAUGAACGAAGCAAGACCCCGCCACGAACCAGAUCCAUGUCUGUUGGCAGUUCGGAGAGCCACCUUGAUCCUCAAGAAAGAAUGAAGCAUACCCGUGAUAUCAAGAAGAAGGGAUUCAAGGGAAAUAGCAGGGGCAGCCAUAUUCAAGCACCUUUUGCUACUCUGGAAGAGCUGUUCAAGAAACUGCCUCAAAAUGUUGGCUUUAACAUGGAGUUGAAAUACCCCAUGCUUUAUGAGAGUGAAGAAGAGGAGAUGGAUACAUAUGCUGUGGAGCUGAACUCAUUCGUGGAUACAGUCCUCGAGAAGGUUUACGAAUUGGGCCAGGGCCGCAACAUGAUCUUCUCGAGCUUCAACCCGGAUAUCUGCUUGCUCCUGUCCUUCAAGCAGCCAUCCAUUCCCGUCCUCUUCCUGACCGAUUCCGGCUCUAGCCCUAUUGGUGAUAUCCGAGCUAGCAGUUUGCAGGAGGCAAUUCGGUUCGCCUCCCGUUGGAACCUGCUUGGGGUAGUGACGCAGGCAGAGUGUCUUGUUCUCUGCCCUCGUCUCAUCCGUGUGGUCAAGGAAUCUGGUCUGGUCUGCGUGUCCUAUGGUACAGCAAAUAACGAUCCUCACAAGGUCAAGCUCCAAGCUGCUGAAGGUAUCGAUGCCGUUAUUGCCGACUCCGUCCUGGCUAUUCGGAAAGGUCUCACCGAGCAUGAAGAAAAGGGCGGUGCAACACCGGGAAUCACACCGAGUGCUAGCCCGCUCAGUCAGCCGACUGUCAACGCCGCUCUCAAGGAUGCUUACAAGAUCCCAGUUCUGAACCAGACGGAGGAGAAGGACACUCACCUCAGCGUCAAAUCAGAUACUGCUUCGGUUUGA